AUGUCUUCCAGCAAGUCAAGCGGAGCGAGCGACCACACCGUCGUCACGGAAGGCGUCAUCUCACCUGCAACCUGGAACUUGGUGGAGAGCAAGUUCUCGGACUUUGCAAGGGAGACGCUCACCAAACUCAUUCGCUUUGUGCACGACGAAUGCAUGCCAGCUGAAGAACUCUACCAUGCUCAAGUCGGGAUCGGCGCGGAUCGCUGGACCACAAUUCCUCCCAUCAUCGAGGAGCUCAAGACUAGAGCCAAGGCGCUAGGCCUGUGGAACCUGUUCCUCAGCAAGGCUCACUAUCCCAAGCAUGGCGUGCCCCUCACCAAUCUGGAGUAUGGCAUCAUGGCAGAGGUGAUGGGAAGGGCUGGCCACUUUGCUAGCGAGGCCACCAACUGCGCUGCGCCUGAUACUGGCAACAUGGAGGUUCUGGCCAAGUACGGCAAUGAAGAGCAGCAGAAGACUUGGCUUUUGCCACUCUUGAACGGCGAGAUUCGUAGCGCUUUCGCAAUGACGGAGCGUUACGUCGCCUCUUCCGACGCCACUAAUAUUCGCACAGACAUUAGACAAGAGGGCAACGACAUUGUCAUCAACGGGCACAAGUGGUGGAUCAGCGGAGCAGGGGACCCUAGGUGCGCAGUGCACCUGCUCAUGGGCAAAUCAGACGCCAAGAAUGAGAACAGGUACGCCCAACAGUCUAUGGUCAUCAUCCCCGCUAAUACUCCUGGCGUCAAGGUGGUCAGGCCUAUGCAGGUGUUUGGCUACGAUGAUGCUCCUGAGGGUCACUGUGAGGUUCUGUACGAGAAUGUGCGCGUGCCCCUUAAGAACCUGAUCCUCGGCUGGGGUCGCGGAUUCGAGAUCAUUCAAGGUCGUCUCGGACCUGGUCGUAUCCAUCACUGCAUGAGAUCCAUCGGCGCCGCCGAGAGGGCUCUUGAACUGAUGUUGAGGCGCGUCACCGAUCCUCGCAAGAAAACGUUUGGCAAGCAGCUCAGCGAGCACGGCACCAUCGUAGCAGACAUUGCUCGUUCCAGAAUGGAAAUCGAUGGCGCACGCCUGCUGGUUCUCAGCGCCGCGAACAUGAUCGAUAGCGUAGGCGCAAAGGGAGCUCUGAGAGAUAUUGCGUAUGCCAAGGUCGUUGUGCCCAACAUGGCCCUUGGCGUCGUCGACAGGUCCAUGCAAGCUCAUGGCGCAGAAGGCAUCUGCCAAGAUAUCCCCCUCGCCUCAGCCUAUGCUCAGCUCCGAACGCUUCGUUACGCUGAUGGCCCGGAUGAAGUACACAUCCAACAGCAAGGCAAGAUUGAGCUGAGACGCGCCCCUGCGCUCUGGAAGCGCCAAAAGGAGCUCGAGGCUAGAACCGCAAAGCUUUUCGAGAAGAGCGGCACGCCCAGGCCACAUCUCUGA